AUGUCGUUGAACGAAGUUUGGGAGGCUGCCUCCGCGAGCCCUUACACUCCACUGAUUUCCAAAGAUAGCCAAUUCUCCGUCGGCUUCACCCUCUUGCUUUCCGCACUGAUAUUGACUGGUCUUUUCGGACUGAACCGUUCUUUCUUGAGUAUCGCUUCAUUUGGCGUUCCAGCGUCAUUGGCAUUCGGCUUCGGGGCCGUAUACAUGAUCUGCGCUGUUGGGGUCUACGUUUAG